UAUAGCAAACCAGUUAUAUGCUAGCUUUUGCUUAGCCCUGCCUAGUUAGAUUGCAUAAAACAUAAUGAACUUAGAUUGGGACAGUACGCAAGAUUUGGUUGAUUUCCGGGUGGCUAGUACUGUCUCGGUCGAUAUAAGUUUACCAAGUACUUAUGUCAAACGAACGAGUACGACCGCAGCUUCUAGAAUGGGGACAGACCUAGAUAUUAUGUUAAUUAACAGUGUGGUACCUCUGUACAGUGGUUCUUAUGUAAGUCCUCGCGAAGGAGGCAAAUAUAUGCCGCGAAGGGCAAAUGUGAUAUUUACCGAGGCGCAGGUAAAUAUCUUGAUUAUCGCGCGAUGUGUGUGUGAAUUUAUGAAAACCUGGUUGAGAUGACAUGGGGUCUCUCAUCCAGUUCUCUCUAAAAACCCCGGGAACGCCAGAACUCCUCUCGCUGCUGAUAACGUUACAUUCAGAGCGCAUGGGGAUUAGAGUUCAUGGAACAAGUGCCACAAUUGUUAAUAACCUAAUACUGGGCCAUGACUAAGCUAAUGAUUAUUGGCAAGUCGUGGACUGCGGGUAAAGCGUACAUCUACUGCAGUAUGAAUAUCCUUGAAUCUAUUCGAAUAGCCGUGCUCACGGAUUGAGCAUCGGGACUCAUAUGGUACUUUGGUUAGAAAUAUAAUUCAAGAUUUUCUUAAAUACUGUUGCAUAUCAAGCAUUUCAGGAUUUCUACCUCUUUAUUCUCAGCUUUCUGCAAGUAAACCUAGCUCUACACAGAUAUUACCAUUUCAUAUAUUCAUUAUUGGUUAAUAUAAUAGCUUGCUGAGUACGUUGUACUCACCCUUGCUUCAACCCCUCUUUUUCAGAGUUUAAUUGGAGUUUUUGCCGAAGCUGGGAGUUCAAUCACAUAAGUUAGUUCCCUUUAAACCUAAUCUUCAAGUCUAGUGUAGUUAGAUGGUUUAAUUCUAUAGUAAAACGGCAGAGUUGAGUCAUCGUAUAGCCUCUGCUGUAAUAGUUAGCCACAAACUUGUGAAUGUCCUAUUAUUUUAUAUAAAGAUAUCUCCUUUGAAGUCUUUACCAAAUGUAUGCGAUGAAGAUCCAGAUUGUUGAACCUGUAUCAAUCUACUGAUCCAGAGCUUGAUACAGUUAAACAUGUCGGUUUCUGAAUCGUUAGUUUUGGGAUCCGACAACUAUGCAUUAGACGAACGAUGGCGGCGGCCUAAGUUUGUUCAAAUUUAUAGUACUAUAAAAUGUUAUAUCUAAUUCUAAGUUUUUAUAUUUUGAGAUGGAGGGAAUACCAGUAUUUGGGGGGAAAAAAUUCUAAAGUGAAGUAAAGGUAAGAAAAAACGUGAAAAUAUUAGUUAAAGGGGUCUAAAAUAAAUAUUUGGUAACUAGAGGGACUAAAUCGAAAUUCACUCGAAAAAUAAACCCCUCCCUCUCCCCCAUCGUACGCAACGAAGCCGAUUGCCUAGAGGCGGUCUCGCCGCGCCGCUUCCCGUGGAGCCCAAGUGGUGGCGAGGGUUUCCGCCGCCUCUCGUCCGCCUCGCCGACCUCGGACCCCGGCCUCCAUCCUCCUCGCCGACGACAGCCAACGUGUGCCGCUCCCCUUGGAGCCCAAGUGGCGGCGAGGGUUUCCGCCGCCUCUGCUCCGCUCGCCGGCGACAGCCCCAUGUUCUCGAUCGCCGUCCCCAGGUCCGCUUCCGGAAUCUCAUCCUUUGCGGGCUGCUACUGCUUCGCGCGUCAAGCCAUCACCAGCUGCUCCCUCCGUCUCCGGAACAACAAUAUUCUCUCCGACUGCUCACGACGGGAGAGCGGCGCUUCGGCGACGGCGAUCCCGAUGGAGGAGCAGCAACAGGAGGAGAACAGCCCAGUGCUUUUCCGCCAAAAUGCAAAUUCUUCUCUUGGCUUGCUACCCAGAAUAGGCUAUGGACGGCUGACAGAUUGGGGAAACAAGGCUGGCGAAAUCAAAAGGUUUGCCCCCUCUGCCGCACAAUCGACGAAUCAGUGCUUCACCUUCUGGCCAAAUGUAGAGUCACUAAGAGGAUUUGGACAGAAAUCCAGAGAUGGGCGCAUACUGACCUUCAAAUGGACAAAUGAAAUGACUGCCCCUCGAUCGAACACUGGUGGAACCUCGUCGUUGAAUCCCCCAACACCCCAAGAGCCCCUCUGCGAACUCUACUGAUGCUAGUCACCUGGGAGAUCUGGGGGGAGCGUAAUGCAAGGAUCUUUCGAAGCACAGCCUCAACACCAGCCUCAAUUCUUGCAAAGAUCAAAGAGGAAAGCAGAGCUUGGGUCAAAGCCGGAGCGGCUAGGCUGCAGGAGUUCGGAUUUUUGGGAGAUAUCACCUAAAGAACUUCUCUCCUGCGGGCCGGUCUUCUGACUGGCCCUGUACAUACUUUGUAUAAUUUUUUCCCUCUCUAUUAAUAUAUGAGGCAAAGCUUUUGUCCUCCUUUCAAAAUAAAAAA